AGAAAACCUUGUAAGAUUUUUGCGUGAGCAUCACACGGUAAAAAGUGUAUAAAUAACGAUUUUUCUUAUUGAAACGCACAAAAGGAAAUUUCUACCGGAAAAAUAUUGUUUGAUGGCGAUACGUUUAACUCUUAUGUAAACGAUAUCAAAACGAAUUCAAUAGAGUUAGUGUGUGAUUGGUGAAAAUUGUCGAGCAAGGUGUGAAAACCUAAUCGGUACUACGCUGUGUCUCCAAACCACCCACCCGCCACCCAGAAGAAAAAAUCAAAUGUGUGAUUAACGACGAUAAACUGUUGUUUUUGCCAUUUCUUGCCAACAAUAAAGGUAUAAACGCGUCUCCUUACACGCAAUUAUAUUAGUUGUGUACGUAAAAAGACAAAUAUUUUGCCCACUAUUAUAUGACUUUUUUUUGAAAAUAAUUAAAUAAAUGAAUUGAUAAUUAAUUCCACAUAUUAAGUAUACAAGCAAAUAAAAAGUGUCGACAUAUGAUACGCAAUUGAAGAAGCUAUCGCUAGAAAUUAUAUACCUAAAUUAGUAAUUGUACAAAAGUUGGUAAAACGGGAAGCACAACCAUACCAACUGCGUCGUCAGCGACGUACAAACGGACCACAACAAACAGGUGGUGGUUUAGUUUUGGGUACUUUGGCGUGAGCCCGUCAUGUCCGACAUCAUGAACAUCGAUAGCAUUAUUUCACGAUUAUUAGAAGUUCGCGGCGCACGUCCUGGAAAAAAUGUUCAACUAUCUGAAAGUGAAAUACGUGGUCUAUGCCUCAAGUCACGUGAAAUAUUCCUAUCGCAACCUAUUCUACUCGAACUGGAAGCACCUUUGAAAAUUUGCGGCGAUAUCCAUGGUCAAUAUUACGAUCUGCUUCGUCUUUUUGAAUACGGCGGUUUUCCACCAGAAUCGAAUUAUCUAUUUUUGGGCGACUAUGUCGAUCGUGGCAAGCAGUCAUUGGAGACUAUUUGUCUGUUACUGGCUUACAAAAUUAAGUACUCGGAGAACUUUUUCUUGCUGCGUGGAAAUCACGAAUGCGCCAGCAUAAAUCGAAUUUACGGUUUUUACGACGAGUGCAAACGUCGGUAUACAAUAAAGCUGUGGAAAACGUUUACAGAUUGCUUUAAUUGUUUGCCUGUCGCGGCUAUUGUUGAUGAAAAAAUAUUCUGCUGCCACGGUGGCCUCAGUCCCGAUUUGUCGUCAAUGGAACAAAUUAGACGCAUUAUGCGUCCAACAGAUGUGCCCGAUCAGGGUUUACUAUGUGAUCUCUUGUGGUCAGAUCCUGAUAAGGAUACAAUGGGUUGGGGAGAAAAUGAUCGUGGUGUGAGCUUCACAUUUGGUGCUGAGGUUGUUGGGAAAUUUUUACAAAAGCACGACUUCGAUUUGAUAUGUCGCGCGCAUCAGGUUGUCGAAGAUGGUUAUGAGUUCUUCGCUAAAAGACAAUUAGUCACACUCUUUUCGGCACCAAAUUACUGUGGUGAAUUUGACAAUGCAGGUGCAAUGAUGUCUGUGGAUGAUACACUUAUGUGUUCUUUCCAAAUACUGAAGCCGGCUGAUAAGCGCCGCUUCGUCUAUCCGAAUUUCGGCAGUUCAGCGCGUCCGUUAACUCCGCCACGCGGUGCCAACAAUAAAAAUAAAAAGAAAUAAAUAAAUGUGCAAACUUAGUAGAAUUAAAAAGACGAUAAAGGCGUAAUUAAAAAAAUUGUUAAAUAAUGCAGAAAACGAAAACAUGAAAAAAGAGGUGUAAAGAAAAAACUUAAAAGGCACUGCAUAUAACAAAACCUUACAAAUAGUGCAAAUAAAAGUAAGAAGGGCGAAGACGCAAAAGCUGUAAAAUACGCAGCUGCCACACAAAAUCACAUAAUUUGUAUUUGUGUAAGCCUAUACACAAUAAUAAUCAUCAGCAACACAACACAUAAAAAAUCAAAACUUUUUGUUGACAGUACCGCAUUUUUACACUAUUUUUUAAGUAGCUCUUUGCAACGUUUUUUUUUUAUUUUAUAAUUUCACUAUGUAUAAAGGCUUUAUUUUUUAUGAAAAUGCACUUUGUGUUCGCAACAUUAUACUAAAAGACGUGCGUUCAAUUCAAUUCAUUUUCGAAAACAUAUAUUUUAAGGCUAAAUUCGAAAAGACAAACAAACGACAAGCGACAGGUUUGAAAGUAGUGUUGCGAACAAUUAUUGUUAAAUUUAAUGGGGUUUUUUAGUACAAGCUAAAUGUGUAAUUUCGAAUAUUUGCAUGUAUAUUAGACAUUAAGCACAAACAACAACAAAGUACAUGUAAUGUGAAAUAUUUUCAUCCUAGUUCGUUCUUAUUUUCACAAAACAAGAUAUAUAACUUUACCAUAACACAUAUUCUUUGUAAAUACAUAUGUAUGUUACAGAGAUUCCUGAAAUAUUAAAGUUUUAAAAAAUAUAUAUUUUUUUGAAGCCAAAAAAUGACUUUUUCGAAUUUGCCAACCGUUAGAUAUGUAUACAUUAAAAGCUUUAAAAUACAUGUUUGUUUAUGUAUAAUGAUUUUGAACUUAUAAAAUAUACGUGUCGAUUAUGAAGAGAAAUAAAAUUAUAAUAUAUUACGACACUCAGUUCAAAAUGGAAAUAAAUAGAUUAAAAAAUUGAAAUUUCAUUAUUAUUGUUGGUCAUAAACGGUUUGUUCGAUUAUGCUGUAAUUUGCAAUUAUUUUGAUGAUUUUCUGGAUAUAAAAUUAAAAUAGAAGAAUACUUUACUAUUUUAAAAAAGAAACCAAAUUUCCAAAAAAUAACACCAAACACUAAAUUUUAAAAACCAUAGGAUAUUAUUGUUGAUUUUGUAUGUAUUGUAUAAUUCUUUCAUGAAUCAGAUUCUCAUUGCGCGCAUAAAAACCUUGCAUUUUUUUCCUGGGAUAAUAUAUUUGACAAUUGUUGCUGAAAACGUAAUCGAACAGCCGUAAUAAUUCGAUUUGGCGAAAAAUCUCAUGAAAUUUUAUAUAUUUAUACAAUUUUAAUACUUACUUAAAUACUGUAAUAAUUAAAAAGUAAUUCAAAAACUUCAUUUUCUAUAUGUUUUGUGGAAUAUUUGGCUACAGAAAGCUGGCUGUAACUUUUUGGCGUUAUUAUAUAACUUAACUUUAUUUUGAACGAAAACUAAAUGUGCUUUGGUUGUCUAUGUACUAUUUUCAACAAUCGAUAUCGAUGAAAAUUCAUUCUACAUAUGUAUAUGUAUGUAUGUAUGCGGUACAAAUUUAUGAUUUCUCGCUUCUACCAAAAAUUUGUUAAUUCAAUGUUUUUUUUUAUACGAAUAUAGAUAUAUCUUAAGCUUCAUGCCACAUUUUUUUACUGUUGUUAAAAAUUUUGGAACACACACUCAUAGGACACCCGGAAUAUUUUAAUAAAAUUAACUGCAUGAUUUUCUCAAUUUAGUUUUAAGUUUAGCAGUUGCAUUGAUUUACACCAAAAACAAAAAUAACAACAACAAAAAAAUAUUUGUAAGUAGCAAGCAAAGCAAUUUGGUCGAGAGAAAAUCAGAAUUAUAGUGGAGCUAACAAACACAAAAACAAAACGCGGAGAAAGACAAACUCCAAAACAAAUGUAUGUGCACUACAUUUGAUAUAAAAUUUGUAAAAUAACAACAACAAAAAAAAGCCAUAAGAAAAAUAUGUGUGUAAAAAUAAAAAAAAGCUAUGAAAUAUAUUUGCAAAAAUAAGACAAGCUAACAAAAACUCGAUUUGUACGAUCAACUCAACACAGGAAAAUAACGAGAAAAUUAAUGCGUUAAUAUAUUGUUACCAGCUAGUUUAAAUGUAAUAAGUACAUGCAUAAAUUAUUCUAUGUACUCGAAAAUAAAUCACUUUCCUCUUUAUACGCCACUAAAACAUUGUGAAGUAGUUUGUAUUUUGACAUACUUUGAACAUCGCUGGUUAAAUGAUGACACUCGAAAAAUUGCCGGUACAAAAUUGUUUUCUGAACAUUGGCUAUUAACACUAUAAAACUGUUUAUUGUCUUGUCGAUAUAUCUCUCAGUUUGAUGAUAUAUCGAAAAUUACAUGACUGAAUAAAUUCAUAUGGUUGUUGGUUUGAUUCCUGGAAAAUUCGUAAAUUAUGUAUUUCUAAUGUUAUAUUAUUUACUAUAUAUACAUAUUAAGUGUAUUUAUCAAUAGUUUCUUAUAGCUACUUCAUAUUUAUUAUCUGAGCUAAUUCGAAAAUGUCAGACCUUGGACAAAACCCUUUUUUGUAAUAAAAAUGGCUGUAAGUCUACAAUAGCUUUUGAGCAUAUUUUUACUAAAAAUUUUUGAAAUUAUAUUUCCUAAAGCGAAAGCGCUUCGAUUCUUUGAAAUUAUAAAUGCAAAUUUGAAUCAAAAUUAUUUACUAAUACUGAUACAUUUGUAUAUGGGUAUAUAUUGAAUUUUAAUUAAUAUUUAAAGACAUUCUUUAAUGUUCAAAUUGGUUACAUACAUAUAUACAUUAGUAAUUGUUAGUUGUUAAAACUCGAAGCUUAAUAAAUCAUGGCAAAACGUAAUAAAAAUUUGAAUAGUAAAAUACAAAUUUUUUAAACUAUUUUAUUCGAAAAUAAGAGUUUUCGACUUUUAGCUGGCUCCUAAAAGAUGCAAUGUACAUUUUAAAAGUUAUAUGUUAAUGCCUGAGAUGAACAAUUUUAUCGAACGCCGUUUCGAGAAAAUUUUCAAAAACAAUAAAUUUUGUUUUGAAAUUGGAGCUGCAUUAUUAAAUUAAUUUUUUUCGUAAACUCCACCUACGAUAUACUUGAUAAGGUGUGCGAAAUCCGGAACAUCCAAUACAAAUGAAAGCAAUUUGUUGCGUUUUCUCAAAAAGUUACAAAAUAUAGAGCUUCAUCAACGAGAAAAAGGUUUCUAAUGACUCCAAAUAAAAUAUUUAAUCAUAAAAAAGACAAUGUAAUUUUCAAACGAAUAUAAUAUAAUUAUGAUCUAUUGGUAAUAAUAAAAAAAUAUGAGCAACAACAAAAAAAUGCAAACAAAAUGAAAUGAUAAUUUUAUGCGUAUUUUUUAUUUGCAUUCCAGUGAAGUGUGUGCAAAAGACAAAGAGAAAAAACGAUAAUACCCUGUAGCAACUGGUUGCAAGAGUAUAAAAAUGCAGUUUUUAGAGAAAUAUUUAACGAAAAAUUUUGCAUAAUUCUCGAGCUGCCUCUUCGGAAGUCUAGAGCUUCUUUCAAGUGCUACAUGUUUCAAAAAUAGGUUGAAGCUUAUUUAAUUAUAAUUGAAAAACAGUUUUUUGUCAUUUGUAGUUAAUUUUUAUCUCAAAAAAGUAACCAAAUAUUUAAUGACAGACACAAAUAACUUCAAAAUUAUGAAGAGAGACGAGAAUAUGUAGAGUAAAGUGAAUUUUAAAUGUAUUUGCCAAUGAAAAAUGCUCAAUAGUUUAUGUAAUUGCAUUAGUUAGAAGAAAGAAAGAAGAAACUUUUUGAAUUU